AUGGAGGAAAGCUUGGAGCCUAUUCCUGAUUCUUCUAUUUUAAAGAUUCCUAGAAGUAUUCGUAAAACCAAGGAAGAAACUUACACUCCUCAAUUAGAUUCAAAAGUUCCUGCCUACGCUUGUGAAGUUGAAGAAGCAUCUCUACCUUACUCUCGUCAAUCAAUUUCAACAGGUCCUAUCAACCUUGCUAAAAAAGAAGAUCCUUACACUCCUCAAUUAGUUUCAAUAGGUCCUCACCACCGUGGUAAAUCAGAAUUGACCGACAUGGAACAAAAGAAAGGGGGGUACAAGAAAAGUUUUUUUCGACGAAUUAGCACAGAGAAACAGGAAGAAAUUUUAAGCUACAUCCGAGACAACGAUGGACGUAUUCGUGCUUUUUUUCUAGGUAGCACUGCUCAGAUUAAGAAGUGUGAAUUUGAAAGUAUGAUUUUACUUGAUGCUAUCUUCAUCAUCGAACUCUUCGUGAGGAAUUAUGAGGAGACAAGCGAUUUAAUGCUAAGAGUACCCGCAACGAAAAGUGGUUUAUCCGUGGACUUGCAAUUACUUGAAAAUCAACUUCCAUUCUCCGUGAUUGAGGAUAUAUAUAAGUUAAGUAUUCUUAGCCCCACCUUCAUGGAUCUUGCUUUUCGUUUCUUCAGCAGUACUGAUAUCUCGUUCUGUAGCUUACCUGAUCCGACAGUAAAAAUUAAACAUUUCACUGAUUCCAGAAGAAGUGUUAUGCUAAAAGGUUACAAGAAAUGCUGCAUGAUGCGAACUGGUAAAAUUGUAGAUUUACCUUCUGCAGCGAAGCUGCGCAGGUCGGGAGUGAAGUUUGAACGUAGUGAAGAAAAAUGUUUACUUAACAUAAGAUUUGAAGAUCGACUUUUCCCAUGGUUGAAUUGUGAAAGGGCUGAACUGAAAAUACCAAAUCUGGUACUAUACGAGAACACAGAAAAGUUACUUCUGAACCUGAUGGCUUUGGAGCAAUGUGUCUAUCCAGAUGAUGCACUGGUUUCUUCUUACAUUGAGCUAAUUAAUAGUCUUAUUAAUACUAAAAAAGAUGUGGAUUUGCUUGUUGAUGAGGAAAUAAUAAGCAAUUUUCUAGGAGACUUUGCUUCAGUAGCAAAUAUGUUUAACAGACUUUCCUCAGAAAUUCGUAAGAGAGAUUCUAUUUACUACGGCAUUUGCGAGGAUCUGAAAAGCACUAUAAGAAUCGUUGCAACCGUAUCAGGGAAGCCUUUAUACGUCGGGUCGUUGAUCCUUUGA